AUGGCUCUCACAAACAACUCUACAAAGGAGGUGCUUCAGAAAGCGGCGAUCGUUCGAUUAUCCAAAUUUGCUGUGACGGUGUUGAUGUCUUUCGUCUUCAUCUACAUUAACACUGUUAUGUUUGUCACGCUGUGGAGCAAGCCUGUUUUGAGAGAGACCUCUCGCUACAUCCUCUUUGCUCACAUGCUCUGUAACGACUCCAUCCAGCUGCUCUUCUCGUCAAUAAUUGGAUUCAUCUCAUUCUGUUGCAGGCCUGCUAAAGCCGUUUGCUCCAUCUUAAUCUUAGUCACCGACUCUACCUCCAGAAUCACGCCGCUUAACCUGGCCGUGAUGUCACUGGAGCGCUACGUUGCCAUCUGCUUUCCUCUGCGUCACAGUGAAUUUGCCUCCGUUAAGAACACGUACAUGGCCAUCACUGCUCUUUGGUUCUUUGGGCUGGUGAACCCUGUGGUCGAUUCACUUUACACCUCCGUGACUGACCCUGAUUUCUUCACUAGACAGGUGUUAUGUGGUACUGGUUCUAUGUUUGAUACUUCACCAUGGCAGGAGUUGCUCUACCAGGCUCUCAAUGGCUUCUACUACGUGGCUGCAGCUCUUGUCAUCGUCUACAGCUAUGUUUGUGUCAUGAUUGUGGUUCGGUCCGUCUCCAGUGAUGAGAAUUCUGCUUGGAAGGCGCACAGGACGCUUCUGCUGCACCUGAUUCAGCUGCUGCUCAGCCUGAACACGCUGCUCUUUGGCAACAUCAUUGGCUUCCUAGCACAGACCCUGAGCUACGAGGUAUAUGCUGACAUGCGCUACAGCAUCUUCCUGCUGUUCGUACUGGUGCCCAGGUGUCUGAGUCCCCUCAUCUACGGCCUGAGAGACGAGGCUCUUCACCACUUGUUCAUCCACUUCUUCAAAUGUGGCCUGUCUGGAGCCAAGCCAAAAGUUAACUCACUGCACUGA